AUGUCUCCUUAUUUCUCAGGAUAUCCUUUCCAAGGUCAAGGCCGCGUCAACCAAUUAGGUGGCGUUUUCAUCAAUGGUCGUCCAUUGCCAAAUCACAUUCGCUUGAAGAUUGUCGAGAUGGCAGCACAAGGCGUUCGUCCCUGUGUCAUUUCCCGCCAAUUGCGCGUUUCUCAUGGUUGCGUCUCAAAAAUCCUCAAUCGUUAUCAAGAAACUGGCUCUAUUCGUCCCGGUGUUAUCGGUGGCUCAAAGCCCCGUGUUGCUACCCCCGAAAUCGAAAAUCGCAUUGAAGAAUUGAAAAAACUCAAUCCUGGUAUUUUCAGUUGGGAGAUUCGCGAAAAAUUGAUCACAGAGGGCGUUUGCGACAAAAAUACCGCACCCAGUGUCAGUUCGAUCAGUCGCUUGAUCAAAGGUCGUCGUGAUGACAGCGAAAGACGUAAUCACUCGAUCGAUGGCAUUUUGGGAGGAACUGACGAUGAUACCGACACAGAAUCUGAGCCAGGCAUCCAAUUGAAACGCAAACAACGUAGAUGUCGCACCACGUUCGGUGGCGAGCAAUUGGAAGCUCUUGAACGGGCCUUCCAACGUACACAAUACCCGGAUGUUUAUACGCGCGAAGAAUUGGCACAAAAAACAAAAUUAACCGAAGCUCGUGUUCAAGUUUGGUUCAGCAAUCGUCGUGCGCGUCUCCGCAAGCAAUUGAACUCGCAACAAAUUUCCGCCUUCAAUACGAGCAUUUCGUCGAUUCCAGCGACGUUCCCGGCUGCCGCCGCCGCUGCUGCUGCUUCACAAUACGAAACACAUGCCACAUCAAUGCAAUCUUGGCCACAAACUUACCCGACAAUGCAAACACCCCAAACAUCCUUCAAUUCGUUGCAAGCUGCUUCAAUGAUUGCCUCCAGCUCAGUUGCUCUCAGUCCACCAUCGUCAAUCAGCCCUCAUUCGCCGUCACAUGGACAACUUUCAGCAUCUCCCGUUUCGAAUGUCACUUCAUCCGCAUCACCUACAAAUUUCAGUGCAAAUAAUUACAGUUACGGCAACAUGCUUGAACAACCCGCACAAACUUACAACCCAUAUGCCAGUUCCGUGGCUGACCAACAAUGGGCGCGCACCCAAACAAAGGUCAACAGCGAAUGGGAUGCUUACAGUCAGUUCUUCAGCAGCAACAUGGGACACUAUGCCUCAAACCCAGUCACCGAAGCCAAGUCUGGAUACCCGUAUUUCGGACAAAUUGGCGGACUUGAAAUGGGACGCGUUCAUUAA